AUGGGCCUCUUUCUCGGUACCUUCAUUUUUAUACUCCUCGGCGCUGCCGGUGCGCUGAGCGCGCCGCUCUGGGCAAAGAGCCAGGUCGACCUUGUCCGCGUACUGUGCGCUGUGGCCGCUUUCUGCUGCUGGAUGUCGUGGGUGCUGAUAUACAUGGCGCAGAUGAACCCGCUCCUGCUGCCCACUCGGUCUAUCCAGCGGGAGUGA